AUGGAUGUUCUUCAAACUAAAGUCCUGGACCCUCUCCAGCCAUACCUCCACCCAAUCGUCAAAGCAAUCCCCGAACCUGUCCACGAUGCCGUCGUCUCAUUGAUCGGCGAACCCUGCCACAGCGCGCUUCUCCUCGAUCUCGAUCUCACCAAGGAUCCAGCCUGCACAUCCCUCGCUAUAUCCAAGGCACUUGGUAUCGCAAUCGUUGGCGCCAGCGCAGUUGUUAAGGUUCCUCAAAUCCUGAAGCUGAUUAACUCGCGCUCCUCCGCCGGUGUCUCCUUCGUGUCCUACGCCCUUGAAACCGCCAGUCUGCUCAUAACCCUUUCCUACGGUGUGCGCAACCAGUUCCCCUUCAGCACCUAUGGCGAGUCGGCUCUUAUCGCCGUCCAGGAUAUUGCUGUCGGUGUUCUGGUCCUGACCUUCGCUGGCCGCUCCGCUGCUGCUGCCACGUUUGUCGCGGUCGUUGCGGCCAGCGUUUACGCGCUGCUUUUCGAUCAGACAAUUAUUGAUGCGAACACUAUGGCCUAUCUCCAGGCUGGUGCUGGUGCUUUGGGUGUGGCUAGCAAGGCUCCUCAAAUUUACACUAUCUGGCGCGAAGGAGGCACCGGACAGCUUAGUGCGUUCGCGGUCUUCAAUUACCUCGUCGGUUCGCUAUCGCGCAUUUUCACUACUCUUCAGGAAGUCGAUGACAAGCUGAUUCUCUACGGAUUCAUUGCUGGCUUCUCUCUUAACGUGAUCCUUGCGACCCAAAUGGUUUACUACUGGAACAGCCCGGCUCCCAAGAAGAAGACAUCCCGCAAGUCCGCGGAUAAAGCCGUUGCCAGCCAAACUACGGCCGUAUCGCCUAAGCCAGGCUCCAAGUCACCUACCACCCGUCGACGCGGUUAG